UUUCAUAAAAUCCUUCUCAACAAGAACUCGCGGUCUAGUUUUGACGCACUUCAGCGCUCUGAGGAUUAUUGAAUGGAAAGUUAGACCUCGCAGUUGCAACCUUAGGGUUGACUUUGUAAACAAGGAUAGCGGAUAAAUGAAACGAACAUCAAAUCCUAAUGAUCAGUUCAAUUCUUCAAUCGAAAUUCUCUUCCGUUUUUGGUCUUUCACUUCAUGUAUUUUUUAGAAAGAAGAGCCCUAUUAACCUCUGGGGCUCCGUAAAGGUGCAGCUGUAUAGAAUUCGGAUGCAUUUUGACUUCCCCGGCAUGACUGCGUCAUGCCGGGGAUGUCAAAAUGCUCAGGGACGCGGUGCAGCUGCACGCACACCUGCAGCUCCUCCCUCGGCUGUGACUCCGCGCGCUGCUGUAGUUCCACGAGGUGCAGCAACACGCCGCCCAGUUGUAACUCCUCGCGCCGCUGUGACUCCACGCGCUGCUUUAGUUUCACGUAAUGCAGCUACACGUCCGCUUGUAACUCCACUCGCGGCUGUGACUCCAAGCGAUGCCGCAAGUCUUGCGCUACCAAACGCCGGUUGCAAUAAAUCUCAUUGACUGCCUCAGCGCUCCUCCCCAGAGUGUGGAACACCAUUGGAGCCAGAUCCGCUUCGACGACUACAAAACAGGCAAAGAAUACGCGUCAGCCAUCAGCGCCAUGAGUGCGAUGAUUUGGCCAAAAAGGAAGUAAGAGCUCCUGUGGAAGACUAGUUCGCCAGGGCAGGCAUUUACCAACGCAUCAUUGCAAGCCCACCAUCGGCACCCGACAGCCACUAGCGACCGGAAUACACUCG